AUGUCUUCCCGCUCGCUGCUGUUGAUCGUCCCAUUUCUGCUGGCGCUUUGGGUAGCCAAUGCCAGUGCAAGUAACCUGGCCGAUGCGAAGUACAUCUGUGUCGGCAAGCAAUCAAAGGGCUACUUGAAUUCCCAGGGACAAUUCGUUUCGGCUGUCGAUGGCUCGGUCAGCGGAAAAUGCCAGUGCUACGAAGGCACUCCUCCCCGAAUGGCCUGUGAAGCUGAGAACCAAAUCAAGCACAGCCCAUUGCCGGCUGUUGGCGACGUCUUCUGCAGCACCACCGACAGCUGUACUUAA